AUGGCCUUCACCUGUAAAAACAGCCCACAGUUCCUCCUCAGCAUGCGGACCCUUCAGACCAGGAUCUUCAGCACGUACGUGUGCGAUGUGAAGGAGAGGAGACUGAACAUGCUCAGCCGCUUCACUGCACCUGGACGAUGGGACACAUCACAGCUUGGAGUAAAACUACAGCACAGGUGGAUUAUACCGAGGAACUCUGUGAGGAACUCUUAUACACGCUCAUAUUCGAGCCGGAAUGUUUAUCAUGAAGCUUUUAUGAAAGCAGGAGAGAAACCGGAACUCUUCUGGAGUGAAGUUGCACAGAAGAUAACCUGGUUUCAGAGAUGGACUAAAACACUGGACUGUACGGAUAAAGUGUUUCCUAAAUGGUUUGUAGGAGGAGAGCUGAACAUGUGCUAUAACGCUGUGGAUCGUCAUGUUGAUGCCGGGAGAGGAGAUCAGACCGCCAUCGUCCACGACAGUCCUGUUACUAACUCCAAACAGACCGUCAGUUACAGAGAGCUGCUGGAUCAGGUUUCCAAGUUGGCAGGUGUUUUGGUAAAGCAUGGUGUGAAGAAAGGUGACAUGGUGGUGAUCUACAUGCCCAUGGUGCCCCAGGCCAUGUUCACCAUGUUAGCCUGCGCCCGAAUCGGAGCUCCUCACAGCCUCAUCUUUGGCGGCUUUGCCUCUAAAGAACUCUCCGUCCGUAUCGACCACGCUAAGCCCAAACUUUUGGUUACGGCGUCGUUCGGGGUCGAGCCUGGUCGAAGGGUGGCCUACGUUCCUCUGGUGGAGAAAGCUCUGGAGCUGAGCAGCCACAAACCUCACAAAGUCCUCAUCUACAGUCGACCAGGCAUGGAGAAAGUGUACUCACACCCUGAGCUGAGCCUGGACUGGGACCAGGAAAUGUCUUCGGCCCGUCCUCAUGACUGUGUGUCUGUUCCUGCUCAUCAUCCUCUCUACGUCCUGUACACUUCAGGAACCACCGGCACACCAAAGGGUGUAGUGAGGGAUACAGGAGGCUAUGCGGUGAUGUUGAACUGGACCAUGUCCAGCAUUUACGGCCUGAACCCUGGUGAGGUCUGGUGGGCUGCGUCAGAUUUGGGUUGGGUCGUCGGACACUCUUACAUCUGCUACGGUCCUCUUCUCCAUGGCAACACCACCGUGGUCUAUGAGGGAAAACCCGUGGGGACUCCGGAUCCUGGAGCAUUUUUCCGUGUCAUGUCUGAACAUGGAACAGCGUCUGUGUUUACAGCUCCCACUGCCAUCAGAGCAAUCCGACAACAAGACCCACAUGCAGCGUACGGAAAACAGUACACACUCAACAGUCUCAGGUCGUUAUUUGUAGCAGGUGAGAGGUGUGAUAUUGAGACACUACAGUGGGCUAAAAAGAGUUUUGGAGUUCCUGUUUUAGACCACUGGUGGCAGACUGAGAGCGGCUCAGCCAUCACAGCGUCAUGUGCCGGUUUGGGAAAUUCUCUAUCUCCCCCUGCUGGAACUGCAGGCAAACCUGUACCGGGAUACAACGUGAUUGUGAUUGAUGAUGAAAUGCAGCAGGUGAAACCGGGGAUGAUGGGAAAUAUUGUGGUAAAGUUGCCUCUCCCUCCCGGUGCUGCUCUCUCUCUCUGGCAGAAUGAGGAGCUCUUUAAACAAAUCUACUACACCAAAUUCCCUGGUUACUAUGACACCAUGGAUGCUGGAUAUGUUGACGAGGAGGGGUUUGUAUACAUUAUGUCGCGCUCUGAUGAUGUCAUCAAUGUGGCAGGCCACAGGUUGUCCACUGGAGCACUGGAGGAGUGUAUAUUGAAGCAUCCUGGGGUAGUGGAUUGUGCUGUAGUGGGACUGGAGGACUCACUGAAAGGACACGUCCCUCUGGCACUGUGUGUCCUCCGACACGAUUUUGAGAAGAAUAAAGCCGUCGUGGAGAAGGAGCUGGUCAGUUUGGUGCGAGAGAACAUCGGUCCAGUCGCUGCUUUCCGGAAAGUUCUAUUCGUCAGAUCUCUGCCCAAAACCCGCUCAGGAAAAAUCCCUCGCUCCUCUCUGGCCAAUCUCAUCAACCACAAGCCGUAUAAGAUCAGUCCCACCAUCGAGGAUCCUGGAGUGUUUAAGACCAUUGAGAAGGUUGUGAGGGAACAUCUAAGAGGGCCUGGAAGUUAAAAACACACACUCUAAUACACACACACACACACACACACUUCAGCCUCGGUGAAUCUUGGGAGCCUGUAACCACUCGGUGUACGAUGGCAUUUAAAUGCGAUGAGCAGAAAAAAAUCUGCAUGUCUUCUACAGUGUGAAGAAGGUGAUUAAACUGUGAUGACUUGUUGACGUCUGAUGUCUAAACACACAAACAAAAUAACAAUGAAAUAUUAGCCAUAUCACACUUUUAUGUAAUUUUGCUGUAUCAUCAUGUUUUUCAUCAUUAUGAACUUUAACACUUCACAAAAAUACUCUGUUGGCUCCCUUUGCCAAGAUAACAGCUCCGAGUCUUCUCCUGUAACGCCUGAUGAGGUUGGAGAAUACAUGGUAAGGGAUCUGAGACCGUUCCUCCAUACAGAACCUCUCCAGAUCCUUCACAUUUCAGAUCCACGCUGGUGGACUCUCCUCUUCAGUUCACCCCACAGCUUUUCUAUGGGGUUCAGGUCAGGGGACUGGGAGGGUCAUGGCAGGACCUUGAUUUUAAAAGCUGUAUUUUGGUUUCAUCUGACCAUAGAACCCGAUCCCAUUUGAAGGUCCGGUAGUGUCACGGUUGAACAAUUUCCUGUUCCUAGUCACCCAGGUGUACUAAAAUAAAUGUAAAAUAUCAAUGGGAAUAUACUUCAAAUAUAUAUUUUUCCUCAUAUGAACUCAUAGGGGUGCCAAUAAUUGUUAUAUAUUUGAUAAACCUGUGUGCUGUUUGCAAUUGUUUGAUAUCUAUGAGAGCAGAGUAUUUUUGUAAAUUUUUUUUUUUAGCACAACCUCAAAAGCUUAAACAAUAAAGUUUAAACAACAAAAUUUC